AUUACUUGUGAAUAAUAUUUCGUAUAUAAAUCAUAAAUCAUGUUCAAAUCAUUUCAAAAUUUAAGAAAGCUAACCUCAUUUAUGAAAUAGUAGAAAGCACGUGGAUUAUUAGAAGUAAAAGUAAAAUAGCAACAAUUAUGGAUUUAAUUAAUUUUUUUGAUCAAAAUUCAAAAGAGUAUAAUGAAUUUUUACAAUAUUUAAUAAAUUUCAGUGGAGAUAUACCAUUCAACAUAGAAGAGAUUGAUAAAAUACAAAAUAUUAUUAUAUCCACUAUAAAUACUUAUUUAAAUCAAUCACAAUCUCGAUAUAGUGGUUUAAUAAUUUUGGAUAAAAUUUUAUCGCAAUGUUCGAAAGAUAUUUUUUCGAAAUAUUGCAUACUAUGGAUAUCAAAAAGUAUGCAAGUAUUAGAAAGUAUUCAUAGUACUUUACAAGAAUUAUCUAUUUCUUGUAAAGUUCUUGGCUCUUUAAUAAUCCGGUCAAAAGAUAUUCCUGAAAUACAAAAACAAGUAUCCACACAAAUUGUGAAACAAUUUAUUAAUAUAAUUAAUAAUUUGAAUUCAGAGAAAAAUUGUGGUCCAAUAUAUUAUUUAAUUGCUGUAUUAUUACAUCAAUAUCCUGAAGUUUGUGAACGUUUUCAGAUAUCUAUAAAAAAGAUUAUAUUAUUACAAAUUGAUUCUUCCCAAAAAAAUUUAGUUAAUGCAAGUGCAAGAUGUUAUGCUCUUUUGGCAAAAGCAACAGAGCGUUCAUUUAAACCUUCAGUUUCAAAAUCAAAUUAUACUUGUUGGACAUAUAACCAAGCACUUAUUUGUAAUAGUUUACACGUAAUAAUGGAUGAAUUAUUUUCUAAUUUAAUAGAAUUAGAAAAUGUAAAUAUCUCGGAUAAAUUAGACUUGCCCAAUAUAUCUGAGGAAAAUAUUAUUCAAUUUUAUUUUAAACAAAAACAAAGAUUUUUAAAUUUAUGUUCUUACUUAUCAUAUAUGUUAUGUGGAUUGGGCACAAAAAAUUCAGUAUUACCACAUGAGAUUUUAAAAGUUUUAUGUAGAGGUUUAGCAAUACAACCAUCAAACAUAAAGAAUCAAAAUUCUGUUAAAGAACAAAUUUUAUAUCUAAUUUUACCAGAAUUACAUAUCGCACUAUUCCAUGUUUUGGAUUCAUUAAUAAAUGGAUUUAAGGAACAAUUAAUACCAUUUGGUUUAACAAUAUUACAAUUAUUUCUUCAAACAUUGCAAUGGACUGAAAAUGUUUUAGUAAAUCAAAUAACAAUUAAUGGAAACAAACCAUUUAGAAAUGUAAGGAUAUCUGUUUAUAAAUGUCUUAACUCUUGGUUAAUGAAUACUAAUUCAUUAUCAGGUAUAGAAACUAUUGCAGAUGAAUAUCUUCUAUCUAUAUUAAAAGAUAUAGUACCAGAAAAAGAUCGUAUUUUACUAACUAUUCAAAAGACACAAAAUUUGUCAAAAAGAGCUUUAAAACGUUUGCGAGAUAGUCAAUAUGAGAAAGGAAUAUAUUUAAAUAAUGGAAUUGCUUCUGAUAAAGAACAUUAUCUAGAUAUAGAUACAUGUAAAAUCGCUCUUGAUAUAUUGCAAAAUAUAUUUUUCAGUAGCGGAAUUUUUUUAAAACAAACAUUCUUUAAAACAGUACAAAACAUUGUAAUAUCUUUAUUAUAUGACUGUUAUUUGAGCAAUACCGAACAAAAAUUUUAUAAAGAAUAUCCUGAUUGUCGUCUCUUAUUGCUUAGAGUUUUAAGAGCUUCACAAAUGAAUCCACAUUCUUUAAUGCCUUUACCUACGCAAUAUUCUUUAGAAAUAUUUGAAAUGGCAUUAAAUGAUAAUAAUUUAAAUAUCAUUCAAGAAGCUAAAAUAGCAUUGGCAGAACUUGAGAAAAUCAUACAUCCUUAUGCUCCACCUAUCCAACUAACUCAAGUAGAAAUAAUACAAAAGGAAUUUGUUUCUGAUGAUCAAAUUGUGCAAGAACAUAACGUAAUAAUAGAAGAUGAAACUUCUUCUAACAUUGAAACUGUACUAAAUAAAAGUAUAGAACCGUCAUCAAAUAAAAGAUUAAAAAUCACAAAUUCUGAUAAAAGUGAAAUAAUAAACAACAUUCAAAAUAAAAUAGAUAUAGUACAAACAAAUCAAGAUCCUUUAGAAGAACGAGAUGAUACAGUGGAAGAACGAGAUGAUACAGUGGAAGAACGAGAUAAUACAGUGGAAGAACGAAUGACAAUCACAAUACAAAAUGAAAAUAUUAUAGAACAUGAACAAGUUAUACAAAUUUGCAAAAAAUCAGCAAACAAAACUUCAGUGUCAAAUGAAAUUAAUAUAGAUACUUCAGAUUCAAUAUCCUCAUCGAACAUCAUGAAACAAACUGACAAUAGAACCGAUGAAAGUAUGGAUAUAACAGAAAAUAUUGAUCCUAGUCCAGAAAAUAAUACAUCUGAAGUAAAUCAAAUAAAUUCAGAAUUAGAAAAAGGAGAAGAAGAAAUAUUACAAUUGUUUCAGGAUAUACCAAAAAAUUAGUUUAAAACAAAAAUAUAUGUAUUAUUAUUAUUAUUAUUAUUAUAUAUAUUCCAUGCAUUUCUUGAUAUCAAAUAUAGAUAAAAUAUUCUUCAAUUUUGUAAUAAAAUUUUCUU